AUGCGCAAGGACAUAUCGCUCUGCAGAAUUGCAGAUAUCCCAGAUGAGCGGCUCAUUUGCAUUCAUACUAAGCUUCUUUCAGAUGCACACAGUGUUACUUCUACUUGUUUUGGAUCUCCUGACAUUGUUCCUUGGACUUCAAGCAUUCCAGAUGUUCCUCGGCUUCCUCAGACCGAUGUCUCUGGGAAAAACCCUGCCUUACGUGGUAUUAUGGUCAGCUUGGAGACUGCUUCACUCUGGGAAACAUUUAACGGUCUUGGAACUGAGAUGAUUGUGACAAAAGCAGGAAGGAGAAUGUUUCCACUCUUCCAAGUUCGUAUUUGGGGAAUGGAUCCCACUGCUGAAUAUUCCCUUCUUCUUGACUUCUUACCAGUGGGUGACAAAAGAUACAGGUACGCUUUUCACUCGUCCUCCUGGCUGGUUUCAGGCACUGCAGAUCCAGCACCUCCAGGCCGUCUACAUUUCCACCCAGACUCCCCAGCACGAGGAUCGCAUUGGAUGCGACAGACUGUUUCUUUUGAUCGACUUAAGCUCACCAACAAUGCACAAGAUAUGAGAGGACAUAUAAUUCUAAACUCGAUGCAUCGGUACCAGCCAAGGCUCCAUAUCCUGCUGUCUGAUCGCCAUCAAGGUGGAGAAGCCCGUGCUUCACAAAACUUUGUAUCAUUCGUCUUUCCAGAGACUCAGUUUACAGCUGUGACGGCGUAUCAGAAUCACAGAAUCACACAGCUAAAGAUUGCCAGCAACCCAUUUGCCAAGGGGUUUCGGGAUGUUGAUGCUGAUGAAUGGUUACUUUCACGUAUUCCUGCACCUGUCAAAAUACAUGUAAAGGAUUCUCCAGAAAGAUGGCACAGUGUUGACCCUCACUCCACUCUAUGUUCCGAAACCCACUUUAUGCAUCCUACUGAACAAUGAGCUCCUUGCACGUGACAACUGUGAUGACUAGGACAUCCUAAGUGUUUG